UUGUCGCAGAGUUGUGUUUUUUAAAACUGAAAUAAUCAGAUAAGAAUAAGAUAAAGAAAGAAGAGAAAAAAAGAUAACUAAUUUACAAACUGCAAUCGUGGCCGUUCAUUCCGUUGACCGAGGUGCCGUUUUCCGAAUUAACAAAAAAAAAAGCAAGCACUUCCCAAUUCGCAUUGCCAUUGCCAGGGGUAUACAUCAAUAAGCCGCACAAAGUUUUUUGUUCUUUUCUUUCUUUCUUUCUUUUUUUCUUUCUACUUCUUCUAACCUUUGAUCUGUAGUGGAAACGAAGCCAUUGUUGGAGGCUUGAAACCCUAGCAUAGUAACAUAAUAAAUUGUGAUGAUCGUGCGUAACUGAAACGGCACGACGAUGAACACAGCGAACGGCGUUAUGUCCCCGUCGUCUUCAUCGAAUACCGCUCAGUCACCUGGACUCAAAACCUAUUUCAAAACCCCCGAAGGCCGAUAUAAGCUUCAAUACGAAAAAACUCACCCUUCUGGUCUCCUUCAUUAUGCCCAUGGCAAAACCGUCACUCAGGUAACCCUGGCACAUCUCAAGGACAAGCCAGCGCCUUCGACCCCAACUGCGUCGUCUUCGAGUUUCAGUGCCAGCAGUGGGGUACGGUCUGCGGCAGCUAGAUUGUUGGGAGGAACCAAUGGAAGCCGAGCACUUAGUUUUGUUGGAGGCAAUGGUAGCAGCAAGAGCAAUGGAGGAAACAGUAGGAUUGGUUCUAUUGGUGUCUCAAGUUCAAGUAAUUCCAUGGCUAAUCCAAAUUUUGAUGGGAAAGGAACUUACUUGAUCUUCAAUGUUGGGGAUGCACUUUUCAUUAGUGAUUUGAAUUCUCAAGACAAGGACCCCAUAAAGUCUAUUCACUUCAGUAAUUCUAAUCCCGUGUGUCACGCAUUUGAUCAUGAUGCUAAGGAUGGGCAUGAUUUGCUCAUUGGCUUGAAUUCCGGUGAUGUCUACACAGUGUCACUGAGACAGCAAUUACAGGAUGUUGGUAAAAGGCUUGUUGGGGCCCAGCAUUACAACAAAGAUGGUUCUGUCAAUAACAGUCGCUGUACUUGUAUUGCUUGGGUUCCUGGAGGUGAUGGUGCUUUUGUUGUUGCUCAUGCUGACGGGAAUUUGUAUGUAUAUGAAAAGAACAAAGAUGGCGCCGGUGAUUCUUCAUUCCCAGUUGUCAAAGAUCAAACUCAAUUUUCUGUUUCCCAUGCACGUUACAGUAAGAGUAAUCCAAUGGCCAGAUGGCAUAUAUGCCAGGGUUCUAUUAACAGUAUUUCUUUUUCAACUGAUGGGGCAUACUUAGCAAUUGUUGGACGAGAUGGUUACUUACGAGUGUUUGAUUACUCAAAAGAACAACUUAUAUGUGGGGGGAAAAGUUAUUAUGGUGCUUUGUUAUGUUGUGCUUGGAGCAUGGAUGGAAAAUAUAUUUUGACGGGAGGAGAAGAUGAUUUAGUUCAAGUUUGGAGCAUGGAAGAUCGCAAAGUUGUGGCAUGGGGUGAGGGACAUAACUCGUGGGUCAGCGGAGUGGCUUUUGAUUCAUAUUGGUCAUCACCAAAUUCAAAUGACAAUGGAGAGACCAUUAUGUAUCGGUUCGGUUCUGUUGGGCAGGAUACACAAUUGCUUCUAUGGGACUUGGAAAUGGAUGAGAUUGUAGUGCCCUUGAGACGUCCUCCUGGUGGAUCCCCAACUUACAGUGCUGGAAGCCAGUCAUCCCAAUGGGAAAGUGCUGUUCCAUUGGGUACCUUGCAACCUGCUCCGAGCAUGCGGGAUGUUCCAAAAAUCACUCCUUUGGUUGCUCACCGUGUGCAUACUGAACCACUCUCUGGCUUGAUAUUUACCCAGGAAUCUGUACUUACUGCCUGCCGGGAGGGACACAUUAAAAUCUGGAUGAGACCUGGGGUUGCUGAGAGCCAAUCAAGCAACUCUGAAACCUUGUUACCUACCAGUUUCAAGGAGAAGCCUUUUCUUUCAAAUAAGAUUAGCAAUUCUAGCUACAAACAAUGACUAAAUCUUAAUCUAAAGGGGAAUUUUAAGCAAUUUUUUUUAUAUGGUUUGUUUAUCUGUUACCUGGUUGGUUUCGUAGUUUUAACAUAUUGAUUCAAGUAAAGAUAAACCAACUGGUCUAUUGUAUAUUCACGGAUGAGCAUGCCAUUUGAUGGCACCGAGAGGUUGGGAGGGAGAGUUCUCUCCGGCUGCCUCCUGUAAUUACAAAACGGCUGUUAUUAGGAUGUCUGAUAAGUGAUUACAGGAAUAAUGUGAAAUUGGUUCUUGAA